AUCACCAUAGCAACAUAAUAUUUUAUUGCAUUUUUUUUAUCUAUUUUAACAUGUAUAUGUUUUAUGGCUGGGGGUUAUUCUGUUAAUUUGUUCGAAACCGAGAAUGUUACCAGUCGAGACUGUGACUAACUCUUUGAUUGUUUUUUAUUUAAAUAAAAAUGGGAGAUUUAAAAGCUACUACAAUAAAGGAUGCAAUAAAAAAUUGGGAAGAUGAAAAUAAGGAAUCUGCGAGUGAAGCUACAAAUAUUUGUUUACAAUUCCAAUGGCCGCCGAUCGAAAAAAUGGAUAAUAAUUUAUCAGUUUUAACUAAAUGCGAAAAAUUAUCAUUAAGUACAAAUAUGAUUGAGAAAAUAAAUGGUCUUGCUGCUUUAAGGAAUUUAAAAAUUUUAUCGUUGGGACGAAACUAUAUUAAGGCUUUUACUGGGCUUGAACCAUUGGCCGAUACUUUAGAAGAAUUGUGGAUAUCUUAUAACUUUAUUGAAAAAAUGAAAGGUGUUCUAGGCAUGCGUAAACUUAAAGUUUUACACAUGUCCAAUAAUAAUGUUAAAGAAUGGGCAGAAGUAAAUAAACUUGCAGAAAUGGAAAGUCUCAAAGACUUUUUAUUCGUCGGAAAUCCACUUUACGACUGUUUAGAUGAAUCUGUAUGGCGUAGUGAUUGUAUUAGAAAGCUUCCUAAGCUAGUAAUAUUGGAUGGAGUGCCAAUCAUAAGAGAUUAAACACAUUUCAGUGGUAAACAAACAAGUCUAAAUUUACUAGGAAUCGUUUAAUUAUUAUUUGAGCAAGUUCAAGCCGCCUGGAUGGUUGGAUAGAUCAUAAUGUCAUAUUAUUUCAAAACUGCAUACUUUAUUCACAUUUUCAACUAACAAAACUAAAAAAUCUAAAUUAUGAAAUUUGAUUAGAAACAACAGAAACCACAACCAGUUGUACGUUUCAUUUAUACUCAAAAAUAACUAGACCUAAGAUUUUUUGUUCAAACACAUCAUAGUAGUAUAGUACAUAUUAUUGUACAUCCUCGCAUAUUCUGGUUAUUAGUAAUACAAUAAUAGCAACUUAUACAUAAUUUAAUAAUGUAAACGAUAAAGAUGAAUGAUGAUAAUCCGCAUAGAAACUUUUAAGAAAAUAAUAGUGUACUUAAGUUUUAAUAGCUAAAUAAUUUUUUUAUAAUAAAUUUCAUAAGGUGUAUUGAA